AUGGCGUCAGACCUUCUGUCCCCUUCUUUCUUCCUUCCCAUACCCACCCCCUCAACAGGCUACCAGGUGCUCAACUGUAUGGAGGAGACCCCAGGGGGCUCACAAUAUACCAGCUGGGCCUAUAGCAACACUGGGGUCUACCUGUCCUCCACUGUGUGCCCCACCAGCGAUGACCCCCAGGUCUCAGAAGAUUCCUAUGCGAGAGGCACCAUCCUAGAGACCGUAACAACACAGCAACUCAGUUUGGACCUGCUGACCAUGGCACCGGCAGUGCCUUCCUCCAUUCCUGUCCCGACCAGUGCCUCCGGGGCCCCUGACUUUCCAAGGGGCUUCUUUCCUCCCACCGAAAGCUCCCCGAAUCCAUUGGCCUAUUCGCCCACCAACCUUCUUGGAACCCUGCCCAUGACCACCUGUGAGGCCAAGGAGUGUGAAAAUUGUGAAGCAACGGCCACUUCGCUAUGGUACCAGAGCGAUACAGAUAGUCAGAUGAUGAAUAGGCAGAACCAGCUCAAAAAGCGCCCGGCGAACCGACCAGCGAUCAUGCAGAAGGAUGCUGUAAAGACUAGAAAGAACAUGGCAUCACAGAAAAAGAAGAAGCCAGAGUCAAGUCUGGGAGGCCCAGGACCAGCUGAUGGGCCAGCGGGUGGCUUCAUGGCCGGGGGCAGUGAUGGGGGGAAUAGUGGGGAGGUGGCCUCAGGCUUGACAUUGGGCCCACCAGGCACUGCCCAUCUCUACCAAGGCCUGGGCCCUGUGGUGCUGUCAGGGCCUGUCAGCCACCUCAUGCCUUUCCCCGGGCCCCUGUUGGGCUCACCCACAGGGUCCUUCCCCACAGGCCCCAUGCUUCCCACCACAAGCAGCACUGUGGAGGCGCCACUCAGCCCAUGA